GUUGAGAUCGAGAUUUUUCUACCCGAGACCUCCGCAUCGAGCGCCGCCGGAAGCCGCCGCCUACCUCCAAGUCGAGGGCUGUGAGGCAGGCCGGCGCCGCACCGCCGUGCUGCGAGCCGCCUACAGCGCCGAGAUUGAUCCCCGACUCCGUGUGGAGCCGCGGGGAUGGAGCCCCCCGUGGCCAAGAAACCGACGGUGAGAAUCGACAUGCAGCCAGAGGAGGAAGAUAGGUUGAGCGUGCUCAUGGAUGACGUUUUACUGUCUAUCUUGAGGAAUGUCGACAUAAGCACCGCUGUAAGGACAAGUUCGCUGUCAACUCGGUGGAGGCAGCUGCCCUGGCUGCUGCCUGAGCUGAGCAUUGAUGUCAGGCAUUUCCUACCUGUUCCACUCCAAGACUCGGUUGUGGCAAAUGACAUUCAGCAAGCUAUGGUUGCUCUGACCAAAGCAGCCAAGUGCUUGUUUGCUAAACCUCGGAGAGAAACCACCAUCACAACACUGCAGCUUAACCUCUACUUGAUCAGCACUUUCUUGAGCGACAUUGGCCCACUAUUAGGUGAUGUGAUUGACAGUGGUUUGCUGAAAGAUUUGGACCUUUGCCUUCUUGAUGAUCUGAAACCUGGUGACUCUUCUGAGCUGCACAUGCUACAGCUCGCCAAAGACAUGCAUGGUUUCUUCAAUGCCUACCCCAGUGUGUUCCGUUGCCUCACGAGACUUUCUCUGCAUGGUGUUUGUUUUAUCGAGUUGGAUGUGCACCAUCUCCUGUUUGACUGCUGCACACAACUGAAGCAUCUAAGGCUCCAUUAUUGUGAUGCUGGCCACCGCUCUCUGUGGAAGAUAGAUGCACCAAACUCAAAACUCAGUGUUCUGGAAAUCGACACAUGUUGCUUCGAGAGAAUUGAGUUGGUCUGCCUUCCAGAACUGGAGAAGCUCUAUUGGAAUACUUGGGUGUCUGAAUAUAUCUCCUUGUCGUUUGGUGAUGUCCCGUGUCUUGGGGAACUAAAACUCUCAUCUGCUUUGACAUUUUAUAGUACAGUAUUUAAAUUAAGUGAGCUUCUACAUGGAACCACAAGCAUACAUACUUUGACAUUGGAUUUCCAAGGAGAAAAUCUUUGGAUCCAACCUGAAAUGAAGCAACUCUGCACCGCAUUCAACAUGCUAAGGAAGCUGACUUUGCGUGGUAUCUUUGUUGAAUUUGACAUUAUAUGGACAACAGCCUUCCUUGAGGCAGCCCCAUCCAUGGAAAUAUUACAUAUUGAGGUAUGGGACCAUGAAUGCAGCGCAUUUGCGAACGUUGGGGAGAAAAGGUCGGUAUUUGCUGAAAGAAAAAAUCCUCAGUGGGAGAUGGACUUCCAUUGCUCCAAGAACUUGCUACUGAAAGAGCUCCAGAUUGUCGGCUUUAGGUCGCUGGAACAACAGUUUGUGUUUAUAAGAGCCUUGCUGGACCGAGCUCCCAACUUGCAGACGAUACUUCUCAAAGGAGCCGAGCAAUGCAAAUACUGUGAUGCCCUUGAUGCCAAGUCGUGGUGUUCAACAUACCCUUCCUUUCCAAAGAGUGAGGAUGAGCAAGCAAUGGUGGCGACGCGAAUCUCAGAUGGAAAAUCCUCACCACGGGUGAUUUUCCGUGAAUGACCCUUUUCCCUUGGGGAUGAUGAGCCCUCUGUAACGUUUUCUAUGUUAGUCAAACAGUUGCAUGAAUUCAGGAGCUGUUAUGUACCUUCUCUUUCUUUUGUUUUGAGAAGUACAAAUAAGUGUACUUCUGUGUUAGUCAAACAGUUGCAUGAAUUCAGGAGCUGUUAUGUACCUUUUCUUUCUUUUGUUUUGAGAAUUACAAAUAAACGUACUUGACUCUUCUAUA